AUGCUCUUCAACAAUCCCUCGACUAUCCUUGUGGGUGCAUUGGGUUGCAUAUCGCUUUUGUCUCAGCAGGCAUAUGCUGCGCAUAUUCCUUAUGGUCACCGACAUAGCCAACAUAGCCCUGGAGGCUUCCAUCAACCUGCUCCGCCAGUUAGCGCCUGUGCAGCAGGCGCUCCAUCUGCCACAGUGACAGUGACCACAACGACGGUGGUCACAACGACUUUGGCUGCUGAAGACAUCGAUGCUAGCUCAACGGUGCUGAACAUCAUUACUCCCACGGUUAUCCCGGCUUCCGAUGUCCCUGUAACUACUUCCAGCUCCAGCUCCAGCUCCACCUUUACCUCUGUCGUCACCGUUUCCUCUGCGUCUACCUCUGCGUCUGCAUCCACCUCUGUCUCCACUUCUGCCUCUGCCUCUUCGUCAGGUAGCAGCACAUCAAAGGCAAAGGUUAUCAUCCCGUACUAUCUGUACCCAUCAACCGGCGCAUGGACGCCCCUGGAAGAACUGAUCGUUGCCAAUUCCGAUGUUCAAUUCACCGUCAUCAUCAAUCCCGAUAAUGGCCCUGGCUCAAGCACUGCCUCCGACGAGAACUUCCUUACGGCAGUGCCCAGACUCGCCUCCUACAGCAACGCCCUAGUCCUCGGCUAUGUGAGCACUCAGAAAGGAACUCGAGACAUCUCCGAGGUCGAAAAGGACAUCCAGACCUACGCCGCAUGGCCAUCUACCAGUGGAAAAUCUUCCUUCGCAGUGCAUGGCAUCUUCCUCGACGAAGCUGCCACGGAUUACAACGCUGAUACCGUCACCUACUAUAAGAACCUGGCUUCGACCAUCAAGCAAAGUGACGGACUUGGACCUGACAACUACAUUGUCACAAACCCCGGCGCAGUACCUGACGAAUCCUACCUUGAUAUUCCCGAUUCUACUGUCAUUUUCGAGUCUGCAUACAGUGAGUUCCAGUCCGCAUACUCGGCCAACGAAUUUGAGAAGAUCAAGGGACUGGAUCUGAGUCGCUUCGCUACCAUGGUUUACGGUAUCCCGUCCGAUACCGACCUUUCGACGUUGAUCACGCAGCUGCGCAGUAUCUCCAGCCAUACAUAUAUGAGCAACCUCGACACGUAUCAAGCCUAUGAUUCUUUGUGGAGUACGGUAGUGUCUUUACUGGCUGCUUAA